UCACGGUCAGCCUCGUAAUGAAGUAUACGUAAAGAUUGGCGCCAAACACCAGCAAGGAAGAAAUCCAACAUGGUGACUGACUUUGAAAUCGAGCGAGAAUUUGAGGAGUUUUCUGUCUCCAUAGAUGAUCUCUCUGUACUAGAUAAAUUGAAGGAACUUUGCGUCUUGUACCAUUUGAGUGCCUCUGAGUUAGUUGAGGAAUGGAUCGCCUAUGUGACAUCUAUUUCAUCUACUCAUGAACCUGAUCUUUCAACUUUGGAAAAUUUUGAAAGAAAGUAUAAAGCCAAGAAACCACAGAGGCAGUUGAACAUCAAAGUGGAAGAGACCAAGCCUGCACUGUAUAACAAGGAUAACAUAGAUGACCUUAUAAAUGCGGAGGGUGAAGAUUUGUAUGAAUGCUACCAAACCCCUGGAAACAAGGGGUCAAUGAAAAGACCUCAUACAACUCCUGAAGCAGCAAUCAAAAAAAGACAUGCAUCUGUUGGUUGGAGUCCUGGGACAACUCCUUUAUCGCCAGCUAGUUUUUCUCCUGCCAGUGCUACACCCAGUGUUAAGUAUGGUUCCCGUAGCAACUCAGGAGAAGUUGUGUGCUCCUUUAAUCCCAGUGGAGAUAAUCCACAACAAGUCUUUCAGCAGCGUUUACUGGCAUCACAUCUUACAGUGCAGUGUGCAGAUCAGAAAGAGGCUUUUGAUGACUUCAAAUACAUGUUUCAUAAACAGGCUGAUAAGGCAGCUGUACUAAGUGACCUCAUAGAUGACAUGGCAGAAAAAUUACAGGAAAGUUUAGGCAUUGAGGAAUUCUCAAGUCUUAGUAUUCCAACUCAGGAAGAAGUUUCUGUCAUUGGUCGUGUUUGCUGUGAUUCCAAUGGCAAAUUGAAUGCACAGUCUGUAAUACUUGAGGGUUCUCAGGAAAUUUCAUCAGGACAACGAAUUAAGUUGGACCUUUCUGAACUGCGGCAGUUUACAGUUUUUCCUGGCCAGGUCAUUGCCAUUCAAGGAUUAAACAGCACUGGGCAAAAAUUAGUUGUCAAUAAAAUUUGUACAGGAGUUCAGCUUCCUUUCCGUUCAUCAUUAGACAAUGUUGAGCCAAGUUCAGAAGGCAUAUCCUCAGAACCUUUUUUGAUGUUAGUAGCUGCUGGCCCCUUUACGACUUCAGACAGUCUACUUUAUGAGCCCCUUGCUGAUCUAAUAAAAACAGUUCAAAAUGACAAGCCAGAUCUUCUUAUUUUGCUUGGACCAUUUGUUGAUAGCAAACACGAACAGAUUAUUAAUGGUGAUUUAGGGGAACCAUUUGAAGAAAUAUUCGAUCGCCAAGUGCAGCAGAUAAUCAAAGCUACUGAGAAGCUUUCCACUGUGGUUAUCUUUGUACCAUCAUAUCGAGACAUUCAUCACCAUUUUGUUUAUCCCCAACCACCCUUCAGUACUAAAAUUGACAUCUCAGAAUCCAGUACAACAGAGCGAAUUCAUUUUGUGCCAGAUCCAUGUACCUUUGUGGUCAACAAUGUGACCAUUGGUCUUUCAUCCAUGGAUGUUUUAUUGCAUCUGGGUAGUGAAGAGACAGUUUGUCCACCAGGCUCCUCUGACAGACUUGGUCGUCUUGUGAGACACAUUCUUUACCAGCACAGUUACUACCCCUUGCAUCCACCAGCAGAGGAUGUAAAUCUGGACUAUGAGCAGUUUGAAAAGCAAGCCAUAUUCCCUUACAAUCCUGACAUCUUGAUCCUGCCAUCAGACUUGCGAUACUUUGCAAAGGAUAUUCUUGGGUGUUUGUGUGUGAACCCAGGUCGACUUGCUAAGGGUCUUGUUGGUGGUACUUAUGCUAAAGUUAGUGUGAAACCUUCACAACAUCAUGUUGAAAAGACAACAUCUCACAUUUUGCAAAGUUCUGUGGCCCAGGUCAUAAGGAUAUAACUCUUUGUAUGGUGAAAAAAUAUUGAAAUUCACAGCUGUUCAUUCUCAUAGUGCAGUGCAGUGCAAGAACAUGUUGGUUUGCCAAAAGUACCUCUGUCCCUAGUGGUAGCUGUGCUUGAAACAUUUGUAAAACUUCAAUACGACAUUGAUAGUUCAAUAUAUACCCUUUUCUAUCCUA